AAGGGCGUUAGUUUUACCGUUAGUACUCCCGCCAGUGAUCAAACCCCAAAACUAGGUGAAAUAUGUCUCCUCCAAUUCCUAAAAUUCCCAAUAAUUUUCCCACAUUGUCUCCAUUCUUACAUUCCUCCUCUCAUCUCCUUUUCUCUCUCAUCCAAUGGCGCAGGUGCAGCUAACAGAGACCUAUGCUUGCGUGCCCUCCACCGAGCGCGGCCGCGGAAUCUUAAUCUCCGGUGAUCCGAAAUCCAACAACAUUCUUUACUGCAAUGGAAGAUCAGUGAUCAUCCGUAACCUCGACAAUCCUCAGAAUGUCGAGGUUUACGGAGAACACGCUUAUCCGGUAACCGUCGCACGGUAUUCACCUAAUGGCGAAUGGAUCGCCUCCGCUGACGUUUCCGGCACCGUUAGGAUCUGGGGGACUCACAAUGGUUUUGUAUUGAAGAAUGAAUUUAAGGUUUUAUCUGGUCGGAUUGAUGAUCUUCAGUGGUCCCCUGACAGUCUUCGCAUUGUUGCUUCUGGUGAUGGCAAGGGCAAAUCCUUGGUCCGAGCUUUCAUGUGGGAUUCUGGAUCUACUGUUGGGGAGUUUGAUGGUCAUUCGAGGAGGGUCCUUAGUUGUGCAUUUAAACCAUCAAGGCCAUACCGUAUUAUCACCUGUGGAGAGGACUUUUUGGUGAACUUUUAUGAAGGUCCCCCUUUCAAGUUUAAGCAGUCGCAAAGGGAGCACACAAAUUUUGUCAAUUGUGUGAGGUUCUCUCCCGACGGAAGCAAAUUCAUUACUGUCGGUUCUGAUAAGAAAGGGAUAAUUUAUGAAGGGAAGACAGGAGAAAAAAUUGGAGAGCUGUCUGCACAGGACGGACAUCAAGGUAGUAUUUACGCAGUUAGUUGGAGUCCAGAUGGUAAGCAGGUGCUGACUGUAUCAGCGGAUAAAACUGCAAAGAUAUGGGAAAUCUCACAAGAUGGCAAUGGAAAGGCUAUUAGAACACUGUCUUCCGGAUCUGGCGGAGUGGAGGACAUGCUUGUUGGAUGUCUUUGGCAGAACGAUCAUCUAAUUACCGUUUCACUUGGUGGUAUUAUCAAUGUAUAUUCGGCAAGUGAUUUGGAGAAAGCCCCUCGUACAAUCUCUGGACAUAUUAAAAAUGUAUCUGCUUUGAUUAUGUUCCAGAGUGAUCAAAAUAUGGUACUCUCAUGCAGCUAUGAUGGAGUAGUAGUUAAAUGGGUCCGUGGUGUUGGAUAUUCUGGAAAUAUAAACAUGAAGGAUCACGCACCAAUCAAAUGUUUUACUGCUGUGGAAGGCGAGAUCAUUUUGUCUGGAUUCGAUAACAAGGUGUGGAGAGCUCCCAUCCAGGCAGAUGAAUGUGGACCUGCUGAGCAUGUUGACGUCGGAAGCCAGCCAAAGGAUUUGAGUGUUGCUAUUAAUGCACCUGAAGUUGUGUUAGUUGCUACUGAUUCAGGAGCUUUGCUGAUUAAUGGUAUGAAAGUUUUGUCAAGCAUUAACCUUGGAUUUACUGUUACUGCAUCUGCCAUCUCACCUGAUGGAACUGAAGCUGUAUUGGGUGGGCAAGAUGGAAAACUGCACAUAUAUUCUGUGUCUGGUGAUACUUUGACAGAAGAGUCUGUUCUUGAGAAGCACCGGGGUGCUAUUACUGUUAUACGUUACUCUCCAGAUGUUUCCAUGUUUGCUUCUGCUGAUGCCAACCGAGAGGCCGUUGUGUGGGAUCGUUCUACCAAAGAGGUAAAGCUUAACAACAUGGUGUACCAUACUGCUCGCAUAAACUGCUUAGCCUGGUCUCCUGACAGCACUAUGGUUGCUACUGGCUCUCUUGAUACUAGUGUCAUAAUUUAUGAACUUGGGAAGCCUGCUUCAUCUAGGAUGACACUGAAGGCUGCUCACUUAGGUGGAGUAUAUGGUGUGGCAUUUUCUGAUGAAUGCAGCGUUCUUAGUUCGGGUGAGGAUGGCUGUGUGCGUCUGUGGACAAUAACCCCACAAUAAAGAGAAAUUAAGUUGCGGUUGAAAGAGUUAGCUUUUUGAAGCAGAAUCAGUUUUUGUUGACGAUGUAUUAUGAAGUAGUGGUGUGGUUUUUUCCUGGAUCGUGGUUUUCUGGUUUCAGUGGUUGCUUACUUCUCAGAGCUAAAAGAACUGUGAGGAAAAUGGUAUCGGUUAAAUGUAUUUAUAGCACAAAUUUUCCAUAAACCAGGCUUGCGUUGGUGGACUCCUGUAGCAAGUUUUUUAAUGUUUUCCGGAGAGUGUUACACCCUCUUCACUAAUGAAACUGCAUAGCAACAAUUCUAUUUUUUUUGUUUGAGGUAUAUAAAUUUGUGGUUAUAACUAGAAAUGUUUGACUGUUUGAAGCGUGGAAUUUCAAAGAUUUUAAGACGUGAACUUUUGAAUUUGACAUGUAACUGCGUUGUUUGAUGCAAUUGCUGUCUUAUUGGCUAAGCCA